AUGACUGGCUCACAAGGGAGAGCUGUAUACACUCGCUGGGGUCGCAAGGAUUGUCCCAGCACUGCAGAACUAAUCUACUCAGUAGAACCACCCUGUUUACCGAGAGAUCCACAAUGGGCAGGAUACAGCGGAGGGAACGCCUAUGCAGGAUAUGUAUUCGGGGCAGAAUACGAAGUCCAUACAACUUAUGCCUUACGAUCUAUGCACAAUCAUGAUGUCCCAUGUGCCGUCUGUGAGACUGUCAGCGGAUCAUCUGUCAUCGUUAUUCCAGGAAAGGGGGUAACGUACAGGCUUUCUGUAAAAUGA